AUGAAUGAAUCCAAAGCCGCAUCUUUCACGGAAUUUGAACUGGUGGGUUUUCCGGGUCUGCUGGACUACAAGAUGUUUCUGUUUGUUGGAUUCCUUUUAUUGUUGUUAAUCACGCUAACAGCUAAUCUCCUCAUCCUCCUUCUGGUGUUACUGGACCAUCGGCUUCACACACCCAUGUACUUUUUCCUCUGUAAUUUAUCUAUACUAGACAUAUUAACUGCUACAUCAAUUAUUCCCAAACUACUGGUGGUUCUCUCUGGACAUGAUAAAACUAUUUCAUUUGCUGCUUGCUUUGUACAAAUGUAUUUCAUAGUAUCAUUUGGGUCAGCAGAAAACUGCUUGGUGGCAGCGAUGGCAUAUGACCGGUACAUUGCUGUCGUUAAGCCGCUGCACUAUAAUGUAAUUAUAAAUUUCAAAAAGUGUAUGCUGAUAAUGAUGAUAGUGUGGAUACUUGGAUUUCUUAUUCCACUUGUGUCCUUAAUUUUAGCUACUAACCUGCCUUACUGUGCCUCAAAUAGAAUCAUGCACUGCUUCUGUGAUUAUCCAUCUGUAAUUUCCCUGGCUUGUGCUGACAUUACAGAUCAAGUCAAUGGAUCAUUUGGUGUUGCUUUGAUUGCGAUUUAUGUACCCUUGCUUUUUGUACUGUGGACAUAUGUCAGAAUUAUCAUUUCUGUUCUAAAACUUAAAUCAACAGCAAGUCUAUCAAAAGCCUUUUCAAUGUGCUCUUCACACAUGACUGUCGUGCUGAUGUAUUAUGUUUCUUCCUCUGUUGUAUACGCAGGGCUAAAAAUUGAAGGGAUCUCGUAUGACGGAAGAAUUUUUAUUGGUGGUUUGAAUUAUUUUUUAAUGCCAAUGGUGAACCCUAUGAUUUAUAGCUUAAGAAAUGAAAAGAUGAAGGAAGCAGCACAAAGAUAUAUCCACCUCAAAUUUCUUUUUCCACAAAAUGCCAAGAAUUCAAUUAAAGGUAAAGUCAAGGUUUUACCAAAAAAUGGGAUAACAUAUUCUACAUGA